AUGAAAGUAGGGCUCCCUGUGGUCCAGCUGACAGCAGAGGGUGCUGACAUGUGGCUGUCCACUCAGAGGCGUCUUGAAACAGAGCAAGGCAGAGGCAGAGGCAGUGAGUGUGGCCCGGAGCCUAAGUCCCAUCUGUGUCCAUGUGAGGAAGGCUUCACUCUAAGCCAAGAUGGGAAGUUCUGUGAAGAUGUCAACGAGUGUGCCCUCCAGAACCAUGGCUGUGCCCAGGGCUGUGACAACAGUCCCGGAUCCUACCACUGCACUUGCCCUGUGGGCUUUGUUCUGCUGCCUGGUGGGAAGCAGUGUCAUCAAUUUGUUUCCUGUCCAAGCAAUGCAUCCGGAUGUAGCCAUGACUGUGUUCUCACAUCACGUGGCCCCAUGUGUCUUUGUCCUGGAGGCUCUGUACUUGAGGCAGAUGGAAAAACUUGUUCUGGUUGCUCAUCACCUGACAACGGUGGCUGUAGCCAGCUCUGCAUCCCUCGAGGUCCAGGAGCCUGGCGGUGCAGCUGCUUUCCUGGCUAUGCUUUGCACCAGGAUGGAAAACGCUGCGUGGCCUCAGGCCCCCAGCCAUCCUUGCUGCUGGCCAACUCUCAGGACAUCCGACAUGUGCACUUUGACGGGACCCACUACAGGACCCUGCUCCCCCCGCAAGGGGGAGGCAUUCUGGCCCUCGAUUAUGACCCUGUGGAGAACAAGAUGUACUUUGCCCAUUCGGCCCAGGGGUGGAUUGAAAGGGCUAAUCUGGAUGGUUCCCAGCGUGAGAGGCUCAUUGAGGAAGACCUGGGGGCACCCGAGGGUCUCGCAGUGGACUGGCUACACCGUAAAAUCUACUGGACAGACAGAAAGAAAUCAUGCAUCAAACAGAGCAACUUAGAUGGGAAACGGCGUAAAAUCAUCCUGCAGGAGGGCAUCUCCAGUCCACACGGGAUAGCUGUCCACCCAGCAGCCAAGAGGUUAUUCUGGACUGAUGUGGGGCCUCAACCCCGAAUAGAAAGCUCUUCCCUCCAAGGCACGGACCGGCUGGUGAUCGCUCGCACCGAACUGGUCUGGCCCAGUGGAAUCGCCAUUGACUACUUAGCUGACAAGCUGUACUGGUGUGAUGCCCAGGGGGCCAGGAUCGAAAUGGCCAAUCUGGACGGUUCUGGGCGCCGAACCCUUGCCCAGAAUGGUGUAGGGCACCCAUUCGCUGUGGCUGUGUUCGAGGACUAUCUGUGGGUGUCCGACUGGGCUCCGCCAUCGCUCAGCAGGAUGGACAAGAGGACUGGGGGCCAGCAUGUGCAGCUGCGGGGCGACCUGCUCAGACCCUCAUCGCUGGCCGUGGUCCACCUGCUGUCAAAGCCAGGCGCAGAUCCCUGUUCGCAUCACAGCUGCAGUGGGGGGCCAAAGGCCAUCCAAAGCUUGUCUCAAGAAAGUUUGGGGAGAACCCAGAAUGGGGAGCCGAUUCUGUCUCUGAAGGGCUCCCAGAGCCCUGAAGCCUGGACCUCACCAUCCGGCCCCGCCAGGGAAGACCAGAACUCGGUGAGAGAAAUAUUCCAGGACUGCCCUCCCUCCCACGAUGCCUACUGCUUGCAUGGGGGCCAGUGCAUAUAUUUCGAGGUGCUGCAGAAGCCUGCAUGCAGGUGCCUUGUGGGGUACCAUGGGCCACGCUGUGAAUACCUGGACUUGCAUUUCCGCAGUGCCCAGCCCUGGCAGCUAGGGGCUGGCACCGUGGCAGCAGCCUGCCUGGGGGCCCUGCUCCUGCUGCUCCUGCUGCUGUUGGGGGCCCUUUACUACCACAGGACUCAGAAGCUGCACCUGAGCUCGGCUAAGAACCCCUCGGAAGCUUCCCUGGGCCAAGGAGGAGCCGGAGAGGCGGGGGCGCCCCCUGCCCCCCAACCUUGGUUUGUGGUUCUAAAGGAACACCAGGACCUAAAGAAUGAAAGAUGCCCAGACCCCCUCAAGCCUGCUCAUGGGGCAGAGGCUGGCCAGCAGCCCCUGCCGAAGUCAGGACCUGUGCCACUCACCAAGUAGAAGAGUCCGCAGUCAUCUGGAGCGAGCCCAGAGCAAGAUUGUUGCCUACUGGCCUC